AUGAAAAAAAUAAAAGAAAAUAAUGAAUUAUAUAUAAAUAAUUGUGAGAAUAAAAAUGAAAUUUCUUUGAAUAAAAGUAAUGUUUCAUAUGAUUAUAUAAGGACAAAUUCAAAUGUAAAUAGAAAAGAAAAAGGUUUAUUUAUAAGAAAAGAAAUAUUUGAUCAUGCCAUUAUAUAUACAACAAGCAAGCUAGAAGAAAACACAUUACUAAUUUAUUUAAGAAAUUUUUAUGAAUAUUUUAAAAAAACAAAACAGAACAAUAAUAAUGAAAAAAAUUUAAAUGAAGAAAUAUAUAUUUCCUUAAAUGAUUGGCUAGCUUAUAAUGAAUUAUUAAAUAAUCAAGAUAAUGUAUUAUUUAAUAUUUUUACUACGAAUAUUUGUAGAUCAAUGUGGACUUUAUUAAGCAUAACAUUACAAAGUGUGAGAAAAAAAAAUAAUUUAAAUAAGCAAAACACAAUAUUUAAUACUCCAUAUGAAGAAUUACACAUUUAUAAAACAAAUAAAAAAAAAAAAGAAAAUAAAUAUAGAGAUGAUGAUAAAAAAGAGUUUUUUAACAAGUAUGAUAGAUAUUACAUAAAGGAUAAUGAAGAAAAGAAUCAAACAGAAUAUAAUAAAAUUAAUAGUAAUGAAAAUAAAAAAGAAAACAGUAUAGAUAAUAUAAAAAAAAAUGAUAAUUAUUUUAGUGUAUGGAAUAAUGGAUGGUUAAAUGAAUAUAUAUGUAUAGAAUUAGUAAUAUUUUUUAUUAUUUUACAAUUUCUUAAAAUAGAUAAUGUAAAGAAAAAAUAUGAUAAAAGCUUAAGUGAAGAUUGUUGGCCUAAUUUUAUUGAAUCUCCUAGAUCAAUUAGUAAUAGUAGUAAUUCUUCUUUGAAAAAUGUAAAUAAUUUAAAUAAUUCUUUGUAUAGGCAAAAUUUAUCAGAUUUUUUUAAUUUUUGUGGAAAAAAUUAUAAAAAUUUUUUAAAAACGUAUUUAAUUGCUUUUUUAUCAUCUACUGAUAUUUCUAAUAGCACUUUAUCAGAUAUGCCUUUAUAUUUUAAAAGUUAUCAUUUUUUUUUAUUAGAUUUUAUCAUUGAUACUAAUGACAAUAAAAAUGUACAUGAAACAUUUUUAUUAAACAAUGAUUAUCAAAUAUUAUAUAAAACAAAACAUAUUUUAAAUUGGUUAUUAGAUAGUUUAUGUAUGGAUGAAUCAAAUUAUAAUGUAGGAACGAUGAAUAUGUAUCAUUCUGAUUUAAAUGAAAAUAAUAUUUUAAAUUGUGGAAUUGAAGAAAUAAACAACGAUAUAUAUGAAAUAAAACAUUUACAAGGAAAAACAUUAUAUAUAAACAGUGAUAAAAAUAUAGUUAAUAUAAUUAAUUGUAAAGAAUGUAAUAUAUUCAUUAUAUCAACAGUAGAGUAUUUAAAAAUAAAUUUUUGUGUUGAUUGUUAUAUAAUAUCGUUAUCUGUAGAAAUGAUUACAACUUUAUUUAAUUCAAGUAAUAUUGAUAUUCAUUUAGUUACAAGAUGUUUGAAAAUUGAAAAUGCUGUUGAUACGAAUAUUUAUGUUUACACAGAAACCAAUAUAAUUAUUUUUGGUGAUACGAGAAAUAUUCAGUUAGCUCCAUACAAUAUUUUAAAUUCCAAUCAAAAAAAAUGCUUAGAAAAAUCGAAAAUAAUUUUUAAUGAAAAAAAUUGUGAACUCUUUGCAUUUCCAUUAAAAUGUAAAACCAAUAUAUGCCAUUCUUCUUUAAAUUUAGCUAAUACACUUAAAACUUCUAAUAACAAUUUCAUGAACACAUUUGAUGAAAAUAAGGUGUUAAGUAAAGAAAACAUCACAAAUAAUAAUAGUUACAAUCAUUUAAAUGAUAAUAAAAAACUAAGUAUUUCUAAUAAAACACAUGAUAAUACUAACCUCUCUAAUUCUUUUACUGAUUAUGUUUAUUAUUUAUUAAAUCCUGCCAACUUUUUCCUAGUUGAAUUUCCAGGUAAUGAUUUAUAUUGUAGAAAAAAAAACAUGCGUGAUAACUUAAAUGAAAGUAGCUUCAACGAAAAUAUAGAUAACAACCUUAAUGAAAGAGAAAAUAAUACAAUGAAUAAUGAUUUAAAAUAUAAUUUUAGUAAUUAUAUAAAUAACAACACAAAUGAUAAAUAUGUUUGUUUGUUUUUGCCUGAAGUUUAUAAAAAUGCUAUUGAAAAUCAGAACGAGUACAUUCUUAGUUUUCUAAAUUUUAUGAAUAAUAUAAAACUAACUAAUUCACAGAAACAAAAAAUAACAAAAAUUCUAACUUUUAAAUUAUAUGAAUAUAUUAGAAAAUCACAAAAGACAUUCAGAUUAUUAAACGAUUUUAUCAUAAGAGACCAAGAAAACGCUAAUAUUCAUUUUAAUAAUUGA